UUCAUAGUAGUCCAUACCCUCCUGUCUCCCUCACGCAUACCCACCUUCUCCAUCACUUGCCUCCUCUCUCUCCUCUCCUCUACAGCUCUUCUUUUUCUUGUGUGUAUUUGUGUGUCUGCAUGUGAGUCAGCUGCAUCCCCAGCACCUGGGACUUUACCUUCGAUCUCCACAGGGGAAGCUCCGUUGCUGACACUUUCGCCUAUCAGGGAAACAAGCCCACAUCUUUGAAGAGAGUCAGAGGGAGAGGGAGGUCAACAUGGGCUCCAGCUCCUCCUCCUAUGCCCCUAAAACCAUUUACCUGGAUGUGGAUGGUAAAGUGCAAAAGGUGGUGUUCAGUCGGCACUGCAGUCCAUGUGACAUCAAGGAGCUCCUGUGUACCUCAUCUAACAUCCCCAGGAACACUGCCAUCAUGAUGGUUGACCCAGAAGGAGCCCUGGUCUCGAUGGAUCCUACCAUGCCCACCAAUUCCCCAAACUCCCUGUACAAAGUUGUGCCUCUUUCAACCGGUCAGCUUGGAGAAAAGGAGGACAUGUUUCAGAACGUGUUGUCCCAGGUGGCUGAUCAGUUCAGCAGAGCCUUCCGCAUCAACGAGUUGAAGACGGAGGUCACAAACAGGCUAGCAAUGCUGGAGAAAAGAGUUGAAUUGGAGGGCCUGAAGGUAGUGGAGAUUGAGAAGUGUAAAAAUGAUCUGAAAAAGCUACGAGAUGAGAUGGCUUCAAGAGGUGGUGGCAGAGUUAACUGUCCAUGCAAAUACAACUUUGACGAUGGGAAGAAGGUCACUCCUAGACGAGAUGUCCCCAAUUACCCAAAGUACACACUGUCUCAGGAGACUGUUGAGGCGCUCAAGAAGCCGACAUUCGAUGUCUGGCACUGGGAACAUAACGAGAUGCUAAGUUGUUUGGAGUAUAUGUACCAUGAUUUGGGACUGGUGAAGGAAUUCAACAUGAACCCCAUCACACUCAAACGCUGGCUGUUGGCGAUUCAGGAGAACUAUCGUAACAACCCAUUCCACAACUUCCGACAUUGCUUCUGCGUCAGUCAGAUGAUGUAUGGCAUGAUUAACCUCUGCAACCUACAGGAGAAGCUGACUCUCACAGAUAUGGGCAUUUUGAUGACAGCUGCAGUGUGCCAUGACCUGGACCACCCUGGCUACAACAACACGUACCAAAUCAAUGCGCGCACAGAGCUGGCAGUGCGCUACAAUGACAUAUCUCCUCUGGAGAACCACCACUGUGCUGUGGCCUUCCAGAUCCUUUCUCUUCCUGAGUGCAACAUCUUCGCCAAUGUGGAUCCUGAGGCCUUCAAACAGAUUCGACAGGCAAUUAUCACCCUCAUCCUGGCCACGGACAUGGCCAGACAUGGCGAGAUAUUGGACUCCUUUAAGCAGAAAGUGGACAACUUUGACUUCACCAAUGAAGAGCAUGUGACAUGUCUGAAGAUGGUUUUGAUCAAGUGUUGUGACAUUUCCAACGAAGUGAGGCCAACUGAGGUAGCUGAGCCAUGGGUGGACUGCCUAUUGGAGGAGUACUUCAUGCAGAGUGACAGGGAGAAGUCUGAGGGUCUCCCUGUGGCUCCCUUCAUGGACAGAGACAAAGUCACCAAACCCACCGCUCAGAUUGGAUUCAUCAAGUUUGUCCUCAUCCCAAUGUUUGAGACAGUCAUGAAGCUUUUCCCUCAGAUUGAGGAGAUCAUGGUUCAGCCUCUGAGAGACUCUCGUGACCAUUACGAGGAGCUGAAACAGAUUGAUGAUGCCAUGACAGAGGCACAGAAGAAAAAAACUGAAAAUAUGUCAUUAGGCGGGAAGAAGAAGUAAGCUCUGCAGUGAGUGAGUGCAGUGGUUUCUGUGGAUCCUCCUUUGUGAUUAAACUAAGGAAAGACUUGUGAAGGAGGCCUCGGUAAAGGCGGUCCCUGCUGCGUUGUGAAGACGACAGAUGGGUCGGGAUCAGAAGGAGGAGAAAAGAGACUGCUUGGCUGCGUACUGAACUAAAUUUAGACGUCAAGGUGGCAUGUCUUGAACUUUGACUUAGACUUUUGCACUGGAUGUAACAGAGAGGGACCUGCUGACCUCUCUGCAUGUGUAUGGUGUUUGUGCUGUUCUUUUUAGUCUACUUUAUUUUAUAGUAUUUCAAGUGUUCUAUACCCUUUUCAAAAAUUAAUGACCAUGCAUUUAAAAAAAACAAUAGCUACAGAAUAGGCCUCAUAAAUGCACUAAAGUGGGUUUUUCUCAGCUCACAGUAGCAAUCCAUGUUUGAUUGUGAUGGCUGUUUUACAAAUAAUCCUGUAUCCUUACGCCUUUACUUUCUUUCUUUAAACACAAGGAGCAGUUCAUUAAACUAUCAGAUAUCUGUGUGUUUUCUCUUACUUUCAACACUUUUCAAUACAAUAAAGCCGCAUAGGGGCCUAUAUUUUCAAAGGUGCAACAUAUUGUGUCUUGUAAGAUCUUUUAUUAUCUCACAAUAGUUGUUAAACUUUGCUUGAUAUGCCUGUGCAUCAACUGUGAGUCUUUAUAUAUAAUGGGUUUUAGAGUCUUCAGAGUUUUUCCAUAGUAAGUAAGUUACUUUAUGUAGUCGAAAAGAUUUAAAAACAACUAAUUUUGACCCAAGUUUGAUAGAGAAAGAAGAAAUAUAUAUAAUGGAUAAUUUAAACAAGUCUGAAAAGUUGGAGUCGGAGCAUUAACAUAAAAACGUACCUAUUGACCUUCUGACUUCAAUGACCAACAAGUGAAAAUAGUUGUUUGAAUGAAUUCAUUUCAAUACAAGUGGACACAAUGAUACCACAAUGAUUUAGCUAUAAAAUGAUCCCCUCAUGUGUGCAUUGUGUAUGAUUUAUUGCCACAUUUAAGACUUCAGGGCUAGAAACGUGUUGAAAUAUGACUAAUUAUCCAGGUCUGUAACACCCACAGGUGCCACUUAUCUCAGCCUGCACCACAUCCCCCUCUCUUUGCAGCUUCCCUUCAAGCCAUAACAGAUCUGGGUGGUUUUCCUCCAGCUACUCCACAGUGUUUUCAUUACUUUUUUUUGGCAACAUGUUGCCAAUAACUCUGGGCGAUCAUUACCUCACCUGUUGGUCUCCCCCACACUCAUACACUGACUACCACCCAUAACGCUCUGAUGGAAUUAUGAUAAUAAUACACCGUUUGAAUCUAUCCUUCAUUUUUCAGUCAGUAGCUUCAUUUGAUAAAGCUCACUAUGUAUUCACAUGUUGGUGGUCUGAAUGGUCCUUUUAAACUAGCAUGAUUGUUUUUGGUUUGUGUGCAUACUGCUGCAAUAGUUGAGAAUUGAUGAUGAUCUCAAAGCAAUACAAAAACAACAGUAGACAACAUGUUUGUGUUGCUUAAAUGAGAGAAAGAGUAAACAUAUUUGAGAGUGAUUGUUGUUUUAAUGAAUGUAAUUACUCAUUACUUUCUUUUCCACAUAGCAUGUCAGUGUGUAUUGAUAUUCGCCUGCAGGAAUGCUCUGAUUAAAAUUGACAUGCCAAUGAUUAAAGCCAAGAAUAAAUAGCAGUUUGUAAGUGAAAAUGUAAGAUAA